CCUUUCAAUGGACGAAAGUGCCAGAUUUGUCCGUGUUAUCUAAUAUUAUCAUUCUGAGUGUCCAUAUUUGUUUUGGAGCGAUCGGGAAUUGUUCACGUUUGCUGUGAGAGACAGAGCUGGUGUCAAACAUGCCUAGAAAUCAACGCCAUCCAAGCAGGGAACCGCCGAGAGAGGAAUUAUCGCCGCUCGUUUGAAGCAUAUCUCGAUUAUUUUUGUCAAAUAAGGAAACCUUACAAGAUAGCUGGCUAGCUAACGUUAGCUUGAUAGAUAGCUAGGUUAUAGCUCCACCACAAAACCAAAAAUCCAACAAAAGACCGGGAUUGGAUCUACGAUCACAGCAAAGAAAACCUAUAGGCGGUAAUGGGUGCAUUCCUUGACAAGCCGAAGACAGAGAAGCACAGCGCCCAUGGUGAGGGCAAUGGGCUGCGUUAUGGCCUGAGCUCCAUGCAGGGCUGGCGGGUGGAAAUGGAGGACGCCCACACAGCCGUGGUGGGUCUUCCCCAUGGACUCACCGACUGGUCCUUCUUUGCUGUCUAUGACGGCCAUGCCGGCUCCCGAGUGGCCAACUACUGCUCUGGCCACCUGCUGGAACACAUCCUUUCAGGAGGGGCCGACUUUGGCUCGGGAGCUGGUUCCGUGGAGGGCGUGAAGGAUGGCAUCCGCUCGGGCUUCCUGAAGAUCGACGAGUACAUGCGCAGCUUCUCUGACUUGCGGCAGGGCCUGGACCGCAGUGGCUCCACGGCGGUGGGCGUGCUGCUCAGCCCCACCCACCUCUAUUUCAUUAACUGUGGUGACUCACGGGCCGUGCUGAGCCGAGAUAGAAGGGUGGGCUUCUCCACCCAGGACCACAAGCCCUGCAACCCCCGUGAGAAGGAGCGCAUCCAGAAUGCAGGCGGCUCAGUCAUGAUCCAGAGGGUCAACGGCUCCCUGGCUGUAUCCCGGGCCUUGGGGGACUACGACUACAAGUGUGUGGAUGGCAAGGGUCCUACGGAGCAGCUGGUGAGCCCAGAGCCUGAGGUGUGUGUGCUGGAGCGGGCGGCGGAGGGAGAUGAAUUUGUAGUGCUGGCUUGUGACGGCAUCUGGGAUGUUAUGUCCAAUGAGGAGCUGUGUGAGUUUGUCCGCUCACGGCUACAGGUGUGCGAUGACCUGGAGAAGGUGUGCAACUCAGUGGUGGACACCUGCUUGCACAAGGGGAGCAGGGAUAAUAUGAGUGUGGUGUUGGUAUGUUUACCCGGAGCUCCUAAAAUCUCAGAGGAGGCUGUGAAGAAAGAAGAGGAACUAGAUAAAUACCUUGAAACUCGAGUUGAAGAGCUCUUGGGGGUGUGUGGGGAGGAGGGAGUCCCUGACCUCAUGUCUGUCCUGAGGAGCAUUGCCACAGAGAUCAUCCCCAACCUCCCUCCAGGUGGAGGCCUGGCCAGCAAACGGAGUGUGAUCGAGGCAGUAUACAACAGGCUGAACCCUCACAGAGAAGAUGAAGGGGCCUGUGCGGGGGGAGGCAGUGCUGGAGAGGAGGAGAGUGAGGAGGGAGGUGGCAGCACAGCGGCACACCUGCUGGAGGCUCUCCGCCAGCUUCGCCUGCACAACCGGGGGCAGUACCGCGCAGUGUUGGAGGAGUCCCUGGCCGCGUACCGCCUGCAGGGAGACAAUGCCACUGGGGAGACCAAGGGGAGCUCAGGCUCUGACAACAACCAGCUUUCUGACGGCAAGGAGCAGCCUGCCUCCCCUCCUGCCCCCCCCUCGCCCCCACCCUCACCUGUCAGCGCCGAGCCGGAGGCCAGCCAAGACACACCCUCCCACAUCGACUUAGGCCAGCCUGAUCCUUCCUCUGCUUGACCUUCCCCUCAGCCACCCCCCUACCCCAACCCCCCUGACCUCAGAGCUCCAGUCCGAUGAGCUGUGGCCCCUCCCCAUUCCUUUGUUAACUAGCAUCCUCCGCCACAGAGCUUGAGUAGGUGGGACAGGCACAUCCCGGUCCACCGCAGUAACUUUCUAUUGUACAGCUAAGAUAGCCAUGGCUAGAUGGAUGUUUUGUUUGUUUUUGAUAAUUCUGUGGUACUGUGAAUGGCAGUUCUAUCAGCUCAAGUACUGUGCCCUGGCCUGAUACCAACCCUCCAUUCACAGUGGGAAAUCUAGCUGUCCACUGACUGCAACGGCAAAUGAUUUCUAAAACUCAGCUACUUUUUACAGUUCUACCACAUAAAUAGCUCUUAAAAGUUAAAAAAUUCGUAGUAUUAUUUGUCAGUAUGGCUGCUGGAGUGAAAAUAAAUGUACUGGCCAUGACAUGAAAUUAUUAGUUUUUUUUUUUUUUUUUUUUUUACAAUCGGCAUUCAUUUUCCACACUGCCCCCAAGCCCAUUCUAGUCCCUCAACCACCACCACAGCGGACUGGCCAGGGGGGAGAGAACACCCCCUGAAGUGCAGCUGCGUGUUAAAUCUCCGAUACCGACCCGGGCCAUCUCUACAGCUAUACCAUCUACUGACUCCGAACACACUCCUCAGUCUGUGUGUGUAUGCAUGUCUGCAUGAGUUUGAACAACUGUGUAAGAGACUAGCCUUCAAUGCUGAAAUGUGUGUUUCUGGUAGUGACUGAUACUCGAGUGUUUGCCCAAUUAUCAGCAUGUUCAGCAAUAUUGACUUGUCUCAUCUAGGUCGGAGCUGAAGACACAGCCUUGUCUUGGGCUGGGGGAUCAUCAUAUUAUAUUAUAUGGCUAAAAAGUGGCACUUUGCGUAAACCAUUCCCUCUUCACGGCCUCCGAAAGCAAAUGUCAACACAUUUUCAGUAUGUCAUGGAUAGGAAUCUUAACAGCAACCCAAGCCAGUUAACUGUUUGCUAACCUGGAGCUGUCCAGGAAGGACGCGUGGUGCAUCGGUAAGACUCUGGAGGCAAAGCACACACUUUCAAAAGGCACCAAUCCAUUAGAUUUUAUUAAAACCAAAGGGGUCAUAUAAUUUACUUAGAAGAAAUAUAUUCCAAAGAAUUGCGUAGCGUUAACUCUUUGUCAGCAUCCAUUCCAUGUAAGGCUUGUUUAGGCUUCGUAGCCGGAGUAAGAAGUAGCAGGACUCGACAAGUGUAAUGUUAAAGUCUAAGCACUGCUGUACUGCUGUUGGCAUGCCUAGUUUCUCACAAAGACUCAGUUGCUGAUGUUAGGAAAGAGUAGUAUUAAACAUGACCUGAAGGUGUUAUAAGAGGUGGAGGUCACCCGGAAGCCUCUCUUCACUCACUCGUCAAACGUUUCAAAACCAUGGAUACGGUCUGAAGUGCCGUUUAAACUGCUUUGCUUGUUUUGACAAUUUGACCGGAAUUGACUUUUUGUGUGUAACAUUUGUGUAGGCAAGUGUACGAGAACGGUAGGGAGGUUUUUGUGAUGACAUGUGUCUCUUAACCUCGGUAAUGCAUGUGCUGCCCCUGUCAUUCACUUCAACAUCUAUGGCACUUACUGUUUUAAGGGGAAAGUAUGCUAAGGUGUGUGUGUGUGUGUGUGAGUCUGUGUGGGUGCGCGUGUGUGUGUGUGUACUAGUACAAAUGUGUGUGUGCAGGUCUGACUUCCGUAUGCCUGUAUGCAUUUAUUUGUGUGGGCCAAAUCAGUCCUUCACAGCAAAGUGUGAGUCAACAAAUGAACAAAUAAAAAUGAUUUGAGGUAA